UUGAAAGUUCUCUUUACCAUAAAUUGAAGGCUUCCGAAUUUUUUGGGCUGAGCUGGAAUGUGAAAGAGCGCCAGCAUUUAGCACGAAAUAUAAUGCAAAUGAUUGAUAGAGCCAAUACUAUCUCUCUUUGGGUCGCUACGCAAAUCGUCACGCAAGAAAAAAUCACUCAACGAAUAAAGUAUUUAACUCACUUCAUUGGUAUUGCAGAGAAAUGCGGAGAACUCAACAACUUUAACGCUUUGUUCAGCAUUAUUGCCGCUGGUUUGUCUGCUGGUUGCGUCACGAGGCUUAAGAAAACGUGGGCGGGACUCCCUCCUCGUUCGAAGGAGACCCAUAAGAGCUUAGUAGAGCUUGUGACCAAUGAUGGCAAUUAUAAAAAUUAUCGCGCCAAAUUGUCGACAGUAGUUGAGGAGCCCUGCAUUCCAUUUCUUGGAAUUUACUUGACGGACCUGACUUUCAUUGAAGAAGGGAAUCUGGAUUUUGUGAAAGGCACUAACCCGCCUCAUAUAAACUUUACAAAAAGAAGGAUUUACGCAAAUACUAUCAGCCAAAUUUUGUGCUACCAAAAACACGAUUACAGUUUCCACUAUGUUUUACCAUUGGGCAAGCUCAUCGACCAAAUUGAGCUUCCUUAUAAUGAAAACGAUUUGUUUGAGCUUUCCGUACUAAACGAGCCCAAAGACUUAUAAGCGAGUCCGCUUAGAGCUUUGAUUAUAAUAGGAAAGCUGAGCUCAAUGCCAAUCUUAUGACUUCCAUUAGAUAAAAAAAAGGUGCGUUUAUCCCUGGAAUGUGUUUG